AUGGCGGAGAGCAUGAUCCGGGAUCCCGAUGUCCCUCUUUCGCAGCCACCAGGUCUUCGGGCCUCAGCACCAUCUACUCCAGGAACUACAGGGAACAACCUCCAUAAUCAUCCUCGUGCUACAAGCCCAAAUCGACUAGCUGAUUCUCAGAAGCUCCGUCUAGAUCCUACCUCGGACAAAGCGACUGCAGCAUUUAUUCGACGCACGCUGUGCUCCCACAAUGUGCUACUUGGCAACGGCGAGAAAGGACGCAGUACACCGCGACCGAUUGAAGACGUGUUACCUCCCUUGACAAGUUCAAAUGCCGUCGAUCUCCAGUUAUAUGGGGUCAUUUCUGUGAUCAUCAAGGAGUUUGUACAGACGUGGUACUCAAAGAUCACUCCAGACCAAGUAUUUGUCAAUGAAGUGAUUCAGAUCAUCGCUCAUUGUACCAGAGGACUUGAGCAGCGCCUACGAAAAGUCGAUUUGGAACCACUGUUGCUAGACGAGAUCCCUGAGUUACUUGAGUCCCAUCUAAGGUCUUUUCGCAUAGCGAAGCGACAAGCCACCUCGUACGAUUCACUAAUAUCAGACCCGCGUACAAUCUAUCAUACGCUCCACCCACACCCUGCACUCUCGCCUGUUCCAACGGAUAUGAUUCCGGCAUCAGUUGUUGAACAGCGGGAAAGCGAAUCAGCAUGGCGUCAACUGCUUGUUCACGGCGUAUUGGCUCUACUUCUACCCACUGAGGACCUAGAGAAUGGUUGUCUUCGCGCACUAGUUGCCGAGAUCUUUGCGGAAAUGAUCCUCGGAAACGGUAUUAGCGGGAAAGCCUGCGAAGGCUGGGUAUUAUGGGAGGGUAUUACAAGAAUAGCUGAAGUGCUACAGACGGACGCUACGAAAGAGAAGGACUCCCAAUCAGAAGUUUCUAAUGGAGAGCAAUCACUGACCCGUCUGGAACGCUACGGGCUUUUGCCGCAUGAAGGGACGGAAGUCAGAUCGACAGAGCGAUUGGACGCUGAAGAGCAGCGCCCUAAGCAUCCGCUAGCAUCGACGGCGGGACUCUUCUGGGCUGUUGUCCAAUAUGCAUUCAUGGCGUUUACUGCGGCGCGCGCAGUGAUCUUGUGUAUUGCGACAUCAUCGUCUCUCCCGUCGAGAUAUGUCACAAGCGAGCAGUCAUCGGGCCAAGCGCUCGGCCAAUUACAAAUGCCGCAAACAGAAACGACGACGUCAAGGCGCCCGUUGGGUGCCAAACGGCCCGUAGUGAGUAUGGCGCUGUGGAGCUGUGCAGCACAGGUUGUUGAAUUAGAUAGCCGCAUGCCUUGGCUGUCAGGUUUCACUUCAAUGCUCCAUCGUGGAGCCUUGGUCGGUCCAGGCAGGGUGGGUGAGACGGAUGGUGUAUUGGACAGAUUUCUCUCCCACACUAUACACACCAGGAUCCUAAACCCCGCUUUCCUCCCAGUGGCGCUUCGCACCUUUCGUGCAACCAUUUUCCCCAAUAAUACGCUUGGGCCCCCACGCCAAAUGCCAACGGACGAAGAGAUCAAGACGAUCAAGCACUGCUGUGCCGCUACACUCCUCAAUCUAGUCCCAGCUAAGGUAGCAGCAACUUUCUUUGCGAGCGAUGAGCGCGAGGCUCAGACUCAGCAAAUCGAAGACGUUCUAGGCUGCCUCGAUGACACGUACCUCAACAAGCACCUGAUUUUCCAGAUUGUGGAAUUGAUUGUCCUGCGUCUGUUCCCGGAAUUAGGAGAACAAAGCGUAAAGGAUCUUUUGGAAGAGCGUAUCAGCUGA